CUUUGUACGGCUAAAGAAAAAUGAAAUAAAUAAAUGUACUUUUUUCAAAAGUUGCGGUGGGGGGGUUAAAAGCAAACUGUUGUUCCCAUAUAUGUUGAAAGUUUAACGGGCUUUUCUCCACUGGCGCCAAGAUGUCAUUAGUGGAUCUUGGGAAGCGUUUGCUGGAAGCUGCACGAAAAGGGCAGGAUGAUGACGUCAGAUCGCUCAUGGCCAAUGGAGCUCCCUUCACCACAGACUGGCUGGGGACGUCACCCUUGCACCUCGCAGCUCAGCACGGGCGGUAUUCCACCGCCGAGGUGCUGCUCAGGGCAGGCGUCAGCCGGGACGCCCGCACCAAGGUGGACAGGACUCCCCUGCACAUGGCCGCAUCCGAGGGACACUCCUCCAUUGUGGAGCUGUUGAUCAGGAGUGGAGCCGACAUCAACGCCAAAGACAUGCUGAAGAUGACUGCAUUGCAUUGGGCAGCGGAGCAUGGCCACCGUGAGGUGGCGGAGCUGCUGGUCAAGUAUGGUGCCGACGUCCACGCCCUCAGCAAGUUCGACAAGACGCCUUUUGACAUUGCCAUGGACAGGCACCACGCUGACCUCAUGGUCUUGCUACAGGAAGGGAUGCAAAACCAGGUGAAUGUGAACCCGGACACCAACCUGCCGGGCAACGCUGUGGCAGCCAUCACCUCCCCCCAGUUCAUUUUCUCCACUGCCGGGGUGGUCAACCUUUCUGACCUCGUCUCCACCACAGCCAAAACUACCUCAGGGGAAUCUGUCUCCACCACUUCUGUACUGGCAACUCUAGCAGCACUGGCGGAAGCCUCAGGCCCCAUGGCCAAUUCAAAUAGGGCAGGGGACUCUGAGGACAUUACUGCCUCUGAUUCGGUGGACUCGGCCAUCCAGCACAUGGUUGCUGAAGGAGGUCAGAGGGUCAUCACCAUAGUGACAGACCAACAUGGCAACCUGCAGCCAGCCGGGCUUGGACAGCAGUUCUUUGUCACUAUGCAGCAUGGGCAGCAAAUGGUGGCAGUGCCAGCCAGCCAGAUCACAGAGGAGGUGGUGGAAGAAGAGCUCCAGCCUCCACCAGCCCGCAAGAGGAGACUGGAGUCUGCAGUCAACCACAAAGAUCCCAAAGACAAGGCAAGUGACUGCCGCGAGCUGCUGCAGAAGCAGCUCCAGGAGGCCAACCGCAAGGCUCAGGAGUACAGGCAGCAGCUGCUGAAAAAGGAGCAGGAGGCCGAGCAGUACCGGCUCAGGCUGGAAGCCAUCGCUCACGGCCAGACCAACGGCACCAGCGCCGGGGAGGAGAGCCAGGAGGAGGAGGUGGUGCAGGAGGAGGAAACUGCUGAGCAGGAGGGGCUGGGAGGAGAGGAGGUGGUACUUUCGGAAGGUGCCAUCAUUAUCAAGGCGGACGAGCUGGACCCGACAGGGGAGGAGGAGGUGACGCUGGUGGAGACGGUGGAGACCACUUCCACUCACACCAAGGUCAUCUUGUAAUAACAGACAUGCAAAGUGACAAGACAUGCAGCCAUUUUCAGCUGCCCUAGUAUUGUGUUCCAUUCUGUUUUUUUUUACCUUUGUUUUUGUAUAAAUAUUAUUUUUACAAUUUUUUAUGUACAUCUGGAGAAGCCAUGGGAGAGCAGCCAGGGGCCCCAUGUAGGAAAAUGGACUGGUCACAUGACUCUAAAGCCCAGGAUGUGUUUAUAGGAAGGACAUGGGCAGGACAUCAAGAAUGGACAUUCAGAUUUUGCCUGGGAGGAAUCAGUGAUGCACUGUGCUAUGAGAUGUCAUUGCUGUUCAGGUCUCAUUCUUUCCUGCUGCUCUUUGC